UUUUUUGGGUUUACAGGAAAGAAAGAACCGACUUUUCACUAAAAUGGAAGGCACAUGAGCACUCACUCACUCACUCACUCUGGAAUCUGGAUAGAUCGUCCGUAUCUGCGUCCGACUGUGUAAAACAUUAAUCCUCCAAUCAAUAUAUGCCACGUAGGUCACCGUUUUGAUCGGUAGUGUACUGUGCUGGCUAGUAGUAGUUUUAAGUGGUGUAGUAGUUUCCCACUAUUCAAAAUUAAAACCCUAAACCCUUGUCUCUGUACUUUCUUUCUGACACUUCAAAAAAAAAAAAAAAUAACACCUUCAUUGCCAUGAGAAGGUUUCCGAAGAAGUUUUAUGGUUUAUGAUUCUGAAGAUGUUGAAGAACGCCGUGUUGUUGUGUUGUCUUCUUGUGUUCUUCGCGAGCCAUGGCGAAACGGCCUCGCAUUUGGCUUCUGGUCCGCACAUUACUGAUGUGAAUAUUCUGUUGCCUCCCAGGAUGACUCAUCCUGUGGAAUACAAGCUUCAAGGAAGUGACGGUUGCUUCAAAUGGUCGUGGGAUCAUCAUGACAUUUUAUCUGUUAUACCUGAAUACAAUUCGAGUAAUCACUGCUCAACAAGUGCACGGUUGAGAUCCAUUGCUUCUUAUAGUGGUCGAAAGGAGACGGCUGUAUAUGCUGCGGAUGUCCAUACCGGAACUGUUAUUCGUUGUAAAGUUUUCAUUGAUAAGUUUUCCAGAAUCCAAAUUUUUCAUAACUCUGUUAAACUUGAUCUUGACGGGCUUGCCACUCUGCGUGUUCGUGCUUUUGAUAGUGAAGAAAAUGUUUUUUCUUCAUUAGUGGGCUUACAGUUCAUGUGGCAGCUGAGGCCUGAAAGAAAUGAAUUGCCCAAUCACCUCGUUCAUGUUCCUUUGAAGGAUUCUCCCCUAAGUGAUUGUGGCGGGUUUUGUGGAGACUUAGAUAAGCAGAUCAAACUUGAAGACAGUGGUGUAUUUUCGGAUCUUUAUGUUGUGAAAGGAAUUGAAAUUGGGCAUGAGAUUGUUUCUGUGAAUUUGUUUGAGCCAACAUUUGAGCAUAUGGCAGAUAAGAUCAUUCUAACUGUGGCAGAAGCGAUGUCGAUUGAACCUCCCUCACCUGUUUUCGUCCUCACUGGUGCUGUUGUUAGCUAUCGUCUAAAAGUUAUCUGUGGGAAUAACCCUCAAGUGGUAUCUUUACCAUCACCACAUCAUCGAUGGUCAGUUUCAAACUCUUCAGUUGCAAAGGUUGACUCAAUGAUGGGUUCAACCAAUGCCUUACACUUAGGGGUAACUAAUGUCGUAGUUGAAGAUACAAGAGUUGCAGGGCAUAUCCAAUUGUCAUCACUUAAUGUUAUUUUACCAGAUUUCAUAUCUUUAUACAUGUUACCCUUGUCUACAUCUGGACAUUUGGUGGAAGGGAUUGAAGCAAUUUCAUCCAAGGCAAGGUGGCAUGUUGUUUCUGGUUGCCAAUAUCUUAUUCAGAUAAGGGUUUUCUCACAGGGAUCAGAUGCACAAGAAAUCUAUAUAACAGAGAGCGAUGAUAUCAACUUGUAUGAUGACCAUGCAGACAAUUGGAACAUUUUUCCAGUUUCAGAUAAUAUUGCAUCCACAUAUGGCAGAAAAAAUUCCAGAAUUCUGAAAGCAACUUCACAAGGACUGGGAAAAUUGACAGCAACUUUGAACUACUUUAGUCAGCUUAGUGAAAUGAAAGAGAUUCUCAAGGUAGGGCAAGAAGUCAUGGUUUGUGAUCAAGUGAAGUUUCAUUUGGACAAAAGAAGUGGUGCAUCUCAAAGUAUUAUCCUACCAUGGGCUCCUAGUGUUUUUCAAGAGGUGGAGCUAAAGGCUUCAGGAGGCUGUGCUAAAGCAUCAAAGGAUUACAAAUGGUUUUCAUCAGACAUUAGUACAAUAUCUGUGUCAACUUCUGGAGUUGUCCAGGCUAAGAAGCCUGGUAAAGCUACUAUUAGAGUUUUGUCUAUCUUUGAUUCAUUCAACUAUGAUGAGGUGAUUAUCGAAGUUUCCAUUCCAUCUUCUAUUGUCAUGCUUCGGAACUUCCCUGUUGAGACUGUUGUAGGAUCUUAUAUCCAAGCUGCUGUAACAUUGAAAGCACCUAAUGGUGCCUAUUUUUAUAGAUGUGAUGCUUUUAAUUCCUUCAUAAAGUGGAAAGCAGGAAGCGAAUUUUUCAUUGUUGGCAACACAACCAAAGAGACACCUCCUUUAGAUGUGUUAGGGAAUGCUGACCUCUUCACAGCUUUUCAUGGUCCUCCUUGUUCAUGGAAAAGCAUAUAUGCCUCUCGUGCUGGUCGCGAUUUGUUGCAUGCCUCAUUUUCAAAAGAAUAUGACCAUUUUGAUAGUUCUUUUCAUGGGCCAAUUGUUUUAAAAGCAUCUUCACGUAUUGCAGCAUAUCCACCACUCAUUAUUCAUCAGGCAGGUGAUGGAAACCAAUUUGGUGGUUAUUGGUUUGAUUUGGAUCAAGCAGAAGCUGGUAAUAAAAUGGAAAGCUUGGACAAGUUAUUCCUUGCUCCUAAAACAUAUCUAGAUGUUAUUCUUGUUGGCGGACCUGAACAAUGGGAUAAAAAUAUUAACUCCAUUGAAAGAGUAGACAUUUUAAAUAAGGAAUAUGAUCGAGGGGAUGUUGGAGUUCAUGUGCACAAGUUAUCUGGUGACUAUAGGAGUUUGUAUAGAGUUUCGUGCCAAGUAUCAGGACGCUUUGAAGUUUCUUUCGAACGGGGUAAUUUGGUGGCUGAUGACCAUCCUCUACCAGUAUUAGAGAAAAAUGUGUUGUCUCUUAUUUGUAGCAUUCCUGAUUCUAUUGCAGUGAUAGCUGACGAACCUGUAAAUGGGCUUAAGAUUAUCCGGACUGCAAUUCAAGCUGACCGAAGUUCAGAACGAAUUCGCAGCACCCCAAUAACUGUUGCUAAUGGGCGGACAAUUCGAUUAGCUGCUGUUGGAAUUAGCAACACCGGUGAAGCUUUUGCAAAUUCAUCUUCUAUCCACUUGAGGUGGCAACUAAGCAGUUGUGAUGGCUUAGCUUAUUGGGAUGACACUGAUGAUUAUAGGGGGACUAAGUACAACUGGGAGAGGUUUUUGCACUUACAAAAUGAAUCUGGGCUGUGUAUUGUUCGUGCUAUUGCUGUUCACUCUGGUGAUUCGAUUGGUGAGAAUAAUUACGUUAAGCUGCAUGAGAAUUUAGAGAAUGUUCUAACAGAUGGAGUGCGUUUACAGCUUGUUUCUACUUUGAGGGUCAGCCCAGAGUUCAAUUUGCUAUUUUUCAACCCCAAUGCUAAGGUUAAUCUAUCAACCACUGGUGGGAGCUGCUUCUUGGAAGCUUUUGUGAAUGAUACUCAAGUAGUAGAAGUCGUUCAACCCCCAACAGGUUUACAAUGCUUACAAUUGAUAUUGUUUCCAAAAGGGCUGGGAACAGCGGUUGUGACAGUGUAUGAUAUUGGACUUACUCCUCCAUUGACUGCGUCUGCUGUGGUUCAAGUUGUAGAUGUAGACUGGAUUAAAAUUAUUUCUCAAGAAGAAAUUAGCCUUGUGGUCGGGAGCUCCUGGACCAUUGAUCUGAUGGCUGGCAUAAACGAUGGAAGUGCUUUUGACUCUUCCCAGUUUGCUUUCAUGAAUAUUCAAGUGCAUAUUGAGGAUCCCAUAGUUGGAUUUGUCGGUAAUGAUGAUAUCUUAAGCUUUGAUGGUGGAUAUUUAAAUGCACCAAAGUUUGAAAUAAUGGCAAAACAUCUGGGGAUCACUACUCUUCAUGUCACUGCUGUACGGCAAUCCAGGCAAGAAAUUUUAAGCCAGCCAAUAAAGAUUGAAGUGUAUGCACCACCCAGAAUUCAUCCUCACGAUAUCUUCCUUGCACCAGGUGCAUAUUUUGUGCUUACUGUGGAAGGAGGUCCAACAAUCGGUGUAUCGUCGGUUGAAUAUACAAGUAACGAGGAUGGGAUUGCAACAAUUCAGAAAUCCUCUGGGCGCCUUUCUGCAGUUUCCCCUGGCAACACUACUAUUAUUGCUUCAGUCUUUGGAAAUGGAGGCAUUGUCAUUUGUCAAGCAUAUGGAAGCGUCAAAGUAGGACUUCCUUCUUCAGUGCUUUUGAAUGUACAAAGUGAGCAGCUUGCUGUUGGCCGUGAGAUGCCAAUAUAUCCUUUGUUUUCUGAGGGUGAUUUGUUUUCAUUUUAUGAGCUUUGCAGAAAUUACCAGUGGACUGUAGAAGAUGAGAAGGUUUUGAGUUUCUAUUCAUCAAAGCACUUAAAUGUAGAUAAGCAUACGGUUCGAUUGACUACUCCUGAAAAAGUUCAACUCACUACUCAUUUGAGUGAGAAUGAGCUUGGUUUUAUCAAUGUCUUGUACGGAAGAUCUGCAGGGAGGACAAAAAUUACGGUCUCCUUCUCAUGUGAAUUUAAAACUUCUAAAUCGAAGUUGCAAACAAAGAAUUAUAAUGCAUCAGUGUCUGUGCUGGUGGUACCUGAGCUCCCUCUUGCUCUUGGGGUUCCAAUAACAUGGAUUCUUCCUCCCCACUAUACUACAAAAAGUCUGCUGCCAUCAUCAUCAGAAUCUUAUAGUCAAUGGGACAAUCAGAGUCGCAAAGGAACUAUAUUAUAUUCUUUAUUGAGGAGUUUUUAUGAAAAGAGUGAAGUUGUGCAAAAGGAUGCUAUUUCCAUUGAUGGAGAUAGAAUAAGGACAACAGAAUGUAACAAUAUUGCUUGCAUUCAGGCUAAAGAUCGUACCACAGGUAGAACUGAGGUUGCUGCUUGUAUCAAAGUUGUUGAGGUGGCUCAAAUAAGAGCUGCAAAUGAGGAGUUUCCAUUUCAUGUGAUCAAUCUUGCUGUUGGUUCUGAAAUUUCUCUUCCAGUAACCUACCGAGACUCUCUAGGCAACCCUUUUUACGAGGCACAUGGCACCGUUCUCUUUGAGUUUGUAACUAACUACCCUGAUGUUGUGUUCAUAAAUAAGACACAGGAUGGCAGUGGAAAUAUCUAUAUCAAGGCUAUACGACAUGGUAGAGCUCUUCUGCGAAUAUCAAUUGAUAAUAUUCCACAGAAAUCGGACUAUGUGCUGAUUGCAGUUGGAGCCCACAUUCAUCCUCAAAAUCCAGUUCUUCCCAAAGGAAGUCGUGUUAACUUCAGUGUAGAAGGCAUAAAUGAUCAUGUUCCUGGUCACUGGGUAACUUCUAAUUCAAGUGUAAUAUCCGUCAACAUGCUGUCAGGAAUAUCUGAGGCAGUUGGGGAAGGUACAACCCAAGUGUAUUUCGAAGCUUCAAAUUUGAAUCUGCAAACAUCAGUGACAGUGCUAUCAAGGGAUGUUUCUGUGGAUGCUCCGAAAGAGAUGCUAACAAAUGUUCCUUCACCUGCAAAAGGAUAUAGCUUUCUUGUGAAGUUCAGUACUUCCAACAGCAACAAGGCUAUAGCUCUUGGAGAUAUUGAUGCAAUUGCAUAUGACUGCAGAGUAAACCCUUCUUUUCUUGGGUAUGCAAAGCCGUGGUUGGAUCUUAGCACUGGCAAUUCAUAUUGCCUGUUUUUCCCCUACUCGCCGGAGCAUUUGGUUCAUUUGAUGCCCAAGACGAAUUACAUGAAGCCAGAAAUACCUGUUUCUGUUCAUGCCUCGUUGAGAGAAGCCGAGCAUAUUCAAGGAUCUGCAUUUGCUCUUUUCAUUGGAGGGUUCUCCAUGUUGGAGAUGGACGAGUUGAAGCUGACAGCGGAUUCUAACAAGACUGUUAUAACCAUCUUGGGGAAUACAGAUGUUGACAUUUAUUGGCAUGAGCGUGAUUUAUUAAUCAUCAAUCUCAUCCAUAAAGAAGAUUUUGGAUCUGGUAGCCGUGCUCAGUAUGAGAUCAAAGUGCUAGGAAGCAAGAAGUUUAAAGAUAAAAUCACCAUCAGCCUUCCUGCAAAUGGCCAGAAACUUGAAGUUGAUGUGAGCUACGAACCUGGAGAAAGAGGACCAUUAAAACGCUCCAUAAAUAUAUCCCUCUGGGCAAGUGUACUUGGAUGUGUAGCUGUACUAGCAUUGACAUUGGCCAUCUUUAUCUGUUUCUUGGAUAAGCCUGGCAGAUCUCAGGCCCCUUCCCCUCCUCCUCCAAGUUUUGCAGCUCCGGUCACACCAGACCGCAGCAGCAGUCCCACCGUUUCGAUGGAUCAGUCUCCUAAAACGCCACAGCCUUUCAUGGAAUAUGUUAGGAGGACAAUAGAUGAGACUCCAUAUUACAGGCGAGACCGGCAGCGUAGGAAAAUCUUCAUAGGGGGUUUAGCGAGAGAGACGAGUUCUGCACAAUUUAUUAAGCACUUCGGUAAAUAUGGUGAGAUUAUAGAUUCAGUGAUAAUGAAGGACAGGAAAACAGGGCAACCCCGUGGAUUUGGGUUUGUGACCUAUGCCGACCCCUCUGUUGUUGAUAAAGUUAUCCAAGACACUCAUGUUAUCAACGGCAAACAAGUGGAAAUCAAACGGACAAUACCAAGGGGAGCUGCUGGGUCUAAGGAUUUCAAGACUAAGAAGAUAUUUGUUGGUGGGAUUCCCACAACAGUUAAUGAAGAUGAGUUUAGAGACUUCUUUUCACAGUUUGGAGAGGUGAAGGAACAUCAGAUUAUGAGGGAUCAUGCAACAAGUCGUUCACGUGGCUUUGGUUUUAUUACAUUUGAAACUGAGCAAGCAGUUGAUGAUCUCUUGGCCAAAGGAAACAAACUUGAGAUGGCUGGAGCUCAGGUGGAGAUCAAGAAGGCUGAACCGAAGAAGCCAAACCCACCUCCACCCCCAUCAAAACGUUACAAUGAUCCUAGGUCUGCAUUUAGUGGUGGGUAUGAAGACACUUAUGGAGGAUUUGGUAGCAGUACCUUUGGUGGUGGUGGCGGUGGUGGUUAUAGAUCAGCUGGUGGGGCCUAUGGUGGUAGAGGUGGUAGUUACGGUGGGUAUGGUGGUGGAUAUGGUGGGUAUGGCGGAAAUGAAUUUGGCGGCUAUGGAGCAUACAGUGGUGGAGGUGGGGGUGGCGGUGGUGGUUUUGGCUCUUACAGGGGGGAGCCAUCGGUGGGAUACUCUGGACGUUAUGGAGGAGUCUUCAGCAGAGGUUAUGAUCUAGGAAGUGGUUAUGGCGGUCCUGGUGAGAAUUACGGGGGAUAUGGUAGUGGUGGUGGUCCAGCUGCUGGUGGUGGUGGUGGUGGUUAUGGAAGCAGCUACGAUGCUGGGCUUGGAGGUGGCUAUGGUGGUAGUGGUAGUGCAGGUUCAUUCCAUGGAAGUAGAGGUGGGUAUGGCGGUGCAGGGAAUGGUCGAUACCAUCCCUAUGGAAGAUAGAUUGUUGUACUUAGGACUUAUUUAAGAGAAAAUGUAGCGGCGAUAUGAUUUUCUCAAGUUGUAGCAUUGAGCUUUCAUCCUCAACUCUGUAAACUUGAUUAUGUUUUUGGGUUCUUGUCAUGAAGGCAUUUGGUAUUUGUCUUA